ACACUCACUAGUGCCUCCACGGAUGAUGAUACAGUAGGCAAUGGUCAGUCAAUGAACGACAAGAUGUCAUCAUCGCCAUCGAAACAAUCAAAAGAGAAGAUAAAAAGUCACACUCCGAACCCUUUCAAGCUGCUCGGGCGAUUUAGUCGUUCGUUACAUAACGACGUCUCGAAACUUCCAGAAGGCGGAAUAUCCAAGAGUGACAUUAGCAUGCCAUUCAAUCAACGUUCGUUAACACGGCCUAUUGAAUCGGCUGACGCAGAUUACAAUGAUUAUGACCAUCCGGAAAGCGUGAUGACUAGCCCAGAUAGUAUCACCGCUCGUGCGUUAGUAAAUGAACUGCGUCGGUCAUCUGCUCUGGCUAGUGAGGGAAAUGACUCAAACAAGUUAGGCAUAAGCAGUAAUUUAUUGGCUGAUUUGUUUCGAAGGAGGGAGACUGUAGGAGGAAGAAGAAGCAGUCCUUUGAAAUUUGACGAAAAGGGGGAAGAUACGGCAAAAGACAAUAUAUCGAGGAAUGGCGAUAAAGGAAAGAGAACUGUUUGGGAUGACAAUGAUACUGCUAAUAAUAGCUCUGCAGAAAUUGAUAUAGUUGUAGACAGCGGCAUUUAUGAUGAUGAUCGGAAUCGUGGAGACAGUAAUAACAUACAGUCAGACAAGCAAAAUAAGCAUGGGCAGUCGAAUGAGACUGGCUCAGACUCGUCGAUUUUUUACGAUCCAUUUCACGAUCAAACAAGAUUUGUAAAUUCUGAAUCGCCGUCAUCGAACUGA